AUCCUAACUCGAGUAUACCUUCUAGUUCUCAGGCCUUCCCACUCUCUUCUCCUUCUUCCAUCUCUGAAUCCAUCAGUCCGGUGAGUUCUUCCAUCUCUUAAUCCAUCAGUCCGGCAUCACCACAUAUCUUGUGCCUUACGAGUGUUUUCUCAGAGCUCAUUGAUCAAGACGUGCCGGUGAUCAGUCAAGAGAAUGGAACCCCUGAAGAUGCCUUUGACGUUCAAUUGUAGCCCGCCUCCAUUUGCAGCUUCUGUUGACGAUACAGUCCUCAUGAAGAACCUACUGGACACCCACAAGCCAAACGGCCGGGCGUUCGACGUCAAGCCUGUCAUGAGUGUCAUCGAACAGAUCUUUCGCCACGCUUCUUCUACUGUACUGGCUACUACUUUCCAAUCUAUCGUUACCGAAGAAAGCAACGCUCAUGAUGAUUCCAUAGACCUUGAUGCUCUGGGUGGAGUGUCUUACGUCAUCCAGCAGAUUAGUUGCGAGAUAACAUGCAAGUGCACGGGAGGCACCGACUCGCACGCGACAACGUUGGGACUGCUCAGUGGCCCGAUACUGAGUGUCUAUCCUUGGGAGGGAAAGGUCGUACUAAUUCUGGCUGCCUUUGCCAUGAGUUAUGGAGAGUUCUGGCUCACUGGCCAGAUCUGUACAGUCAAUCCCCUGGCCAAGUCUGUAGGACUCCUCAAGCGGAUGCCCGAACUACUACGACAUGUUCACGCGCUGAAGCCAAAGUUUGAUGCUUUAGACAACUUGAUCAAGGAAAUGCUGGAGCUUACAAGGUGCAUAAUUGCGUUCAGUGAGCUGCCGGUAAACUAUAUCUCCAUGGAAGUGCCUGCAAUGGUCGAAGCUCUGUCUUGUAUUCCAACCGCGGUCUAUUGGAUCAUCAAAAGUGCGGUAACAUCGUCGGCGCAGGUUGUUGGUCUGAUUAGCGUGAACCACGGGCAUCUCGUUUCAACAUCUGAGGCUUGGGAGAUUUCUAGCUUGGCUUACAAGGUGAAGAACAUCCACGGUCACCUAAAAAAGCAACUGGAGAUGUGCCUGCAGAUCAUAGAGGAGAAGAAGUCAAUAGAAGCCUACAGAAUACUUCAGCAACUCUUCCUAACAAUCCAUGUUGAUAACAUGAAGAUUCUGAGGACAAUUUUCCCUUCCAAGGAUGACUACCCCUUCAUCCGGCGUUCCCUUGACAAGAAGGUGCAUGUGGAGGUGUUGCGCCGGAAGGCUGUGCUUUUACUGUUCUCAGACUUGCAAAUCACGGUGAAGGAGCACCUGACUAUUCUCAACGCUCUCCAACAAACCCAUAGUAACCACUGCCAACAGAACAUGUUUGAAAUAGUUUGGGUUCCAAUCAUGGAGCCGGUCAAUGACCUCAUUAAUGGCGAAAAUCAAUUGAAGGAGAUAUUGCAGGUGGCAGCUGAAAUGCCGUGGCUGACAGCCUACCCACCGCCACACCCGAGAUCUGCCUUUGUGAAGUACGUACGCAAUGAAUGGAGAUUUAGCAAGAAAGCCAUAUUGGUAGCUUUGGAUGGGCAGGGAAAGGUCACCAAUCCAAAUGCGCUGUAUAUGAUCAACAUAUGGGGUGUGCAUGCCUACCCUUUUUCAACUGAAAGAGAGGAAUCACUUUGGAGGGCGGAGAGCUGGAGGCUCCAUUUUGUCUGCAAAGACAUUGACCCUGUUCUCUCCUCAUGGAUCUCGGAGAAGAAGCAGAUAUGCCUUUAUGGGGGAGAGGACAUUGACUGGAUCAGGUCAUUCACAAGCAAUAUGAAGAAGAUCACGAAGAACGCAGGGGUGAGCACAGAGAUGGUAUACGUGGGGAAGGCUCACCCAGGGGCUUCCAUCAAGAAGAUCAUCGACACGGUGCGGACGGAGAAAAUCAGUGACGUAUGGUCCUUCGAGUCCAUCAGCUUCUUCUGGAUGCGCCUCGAAAGCAUGUUGCACUCUCUCAUGCAAAUCCAGAUGGGGUUUGAGAUGGACAAGAUCCAGCAGGAGGUGAUCAGCCUCCUUACCUACGGCAACAGUGCCCGUGGGUGCGGGCUCCUUUCUAGGGGCGACCAUGAGAUGUUCGUGAAUGAGGGUCAUGCCUUCACUCUCGUCCUCGACAACUACCACUCUUGGAAGGACAAGAUCCUCGAAAAAGGCUUUAUCGGCGCGUUCCAGGCCGGCUACGUCCUUCACAGGACCGCCGACCACUGCGUCAAGCUCGUGCUCCCCAGCAGCAGCACUGUUCACUGCAUCCCCUGCCCUCAGUGCAAAAAGAACAUGGAGAGGUACCUCCUCCUCCAGUGCUGCGGUGCCCAGCUCGUUCCAAACCAUCCCGCCGCUACUGCCACCAAUAAAAUUGCUACUGCUACUGCCGUUACUGCUGCAGCUACUGCUUAUGAAGCUUCAAUGGUUGCUGGUGCCUCUACUGCUACUGCUACUGCUUAUGAAGCUUCAACCAUAGCUAGUGCAACUACUACUUCUGCUACUACUGCAUCUGCAACUGCUUAUGAAGCUUCAACCAUUGCUGGUGCAGCUACUGUUACUGCUUAUGAAGCUUCAAUUAAUGCUGCUACUGCUUAUGAAGCUUCAAUUAGUGCAGCUACUGCUACCACUUAUGAAGUCUCAACCUUCUAAAAUGCAAUGCCAAACAAACUGAUAGAGUUGCCACUUGUUGAGACGAAUGCGUGUCCUAUUGAAGUUUCUUGCUAAAUAAGGGUCAGAGAAGUAAUAAAAGUUGUUUUUCUCUGUUUUGUUAGUCAUGUAAUUUUGUUUCAGUUAGGCAUAUAAAUACAUAUGUCCUAGGUUGUUGUUUCAUUUUGUCAAUCAUUUGAGCCGGGGUGGCUAUCAUGUGAUGUAGUUGGUCCUACGCGAUUGUAGUUUCUUUUGCAGUCUUAAAUUAUCAAAAUUAUGGACGUCA